AAAAAAGUUAACCUUUGAGAUCACCAAUUGAAACCAUCUCGUUGGUGGCUGAAUCUAUUGAAAUAAUUCUAUAUAUGCUCUGUGUUAUGAAAAUUGAUGUGGAAUGAAACUAAAAUGAUCUAUGGAAAUUUGGUUUAAGAUUAAUUUUGGUAGCCUGCUAAAUAUACUUUGUUAACCAAUAACUUAUAAACAGGCAUGGUUUGGUUUGGUUAACCAAAAUUACAUGCCUAUGUUCAACAAUAUCAAUUUAUCAUCAAACGUCCAACAGUGUAUCUAACUUGAUGUGCUCUCUAUAACAAGUCAUUAGGAGGAAAAAAUGUAGAUAACUAAAUAUUCAUCUCGAUAGGUGCCAAUCAGACUCAGAAAAUUUAGCUACAAUGAGCUGUAUUAAUCUAUAUAUUCGUGAAUUAUAUUAGGGUGCUUGCCCUAUUUUUCUUAUUAGAGUAGCUGGUUUUUACAUUAGACUAUCAAUCGUUUGUCUAUAGUAAAUUAAAUGGGAAAUUAGAUUUAAUUAGUCAACGAAACCUAAAAACAACGAACUAAUUAAUGUUACAAUUUUUUUUACUAAAAUCGGGACGUAACUUAGACAACAAAACAGAGGAACAUAAUUGAAUAGUGAAAAAUUUGUAAGCCAACUAUAGAAAUUACUUUGGAAAUCUUGAACAAACUAAAAGGUAAUACUAAUUCUUCCGAGGCCAAAAAAUAACAUAAAAGGAAUGAAAAAAGAAUUGAAUACGUUGAGAGACAAAUAGUUAUGGCAAAGACAGACAAUUCAAAGUUUUAAUUGUGACGACGCGUCUAGCUUACUUAAUGCGCAUAAUGUUUGGCCAAGCCCUACCAUAUUUUGAAGACUUAUGUUUUUUUUUUUAAUUAUUAGAAAUUCCAUCUUCUUCAAAUUUGACAAUGAUAUGUCAUAAUCCAAUUGUAUUGAAAAUGAGACAUUUAACCAGAAAUAUACUUAAAUCUAGCAAAAUGUUCUAAGCUUAGGCAAAAUCUACCAUUAUCUAGCUGUAAAUACGAAAUUUUCAUUAGCAAAGCUAAUUUUAACUAAGAGCAUAAAGUAACAAUUCCAUGUCAGGCUCAUAAUACAAAACUUGCAAUGAACAAAAACAUCCGAAUCAUAAACCUAAGACUUGUAAAAAGGGAUUCACUAAUGUUUGGUUCUCAUGUUCAGUUAGAAUGCAAGCUGCAUACUAAGAGCUGUUUAAAAGAAAAGGAAACAUUUUAGUGGUAGGCUUUGAGGUACCAAAGUCCUUUAUUGCUUAUCCUCUAAACCGAUUACAAAGCUAAGAACCCUAAUUCUCUCCUAAAUACUCCUUAUACAGAGACGACCUAGAAAUCUAUCCGCCAUUGUAAAUCAUCCGUACACGUAUCACGUCAGUAUAUACCUCAUCUGAUAUGGACACCGGACCGUACACGUGAAAGAAGAAAAUCUUCAGUUGCGAUGAAUAUCAGUGGACCGAUAAUAUAUUGGGUAAUAAAAGCCCAUCGAUUAUUUUUAUAGUUCUUUAUAGUAAGCGAGGGCCCACAGAGCAACGGUCCAAUUUCAAAGCCUAAUGUGUGGGGUCAGAGUCAGAGAGACUCAGACAUUGUAACGGUCAUUUUCCUUUUCCCCCCUCGAAAUAAAUAUUUUAAUAAAAAGUUAAAAUUAAAAAGAAAAGGAAAUCGAAAAAGAGUAAAUAAAAGAUAAACCAAAUCAAUGUCUUGGAUCAAGAAAUUGUGAAAGCUCCUCGAAGGAACUCUCUAUCUUCUUCUACUCUCUCAAAAAAAUGGGUUGCUUUCCAGGUUGCUUCGGUGGCCGGAAGAAUCGCCGGCGUCAGAGGCGCAGGGAGGACCCUCGUUCCAACAAAAUCUCCGAGGGUUGUACAAAGGAUGUUAGCGUUUCUAUUGUUGAGGAAGUUCCCAAGUCUGCAAAGGAUGUUAGGAUUCCUACUGCUGUUGAAGAAGUGACUAAGGUUUCUGUCAUUCCGACCACUCACAUCUGUGAAGAGAAAGCUGAGGAGAGAAACAGUCCGAGCCCGAGUCUAAGUCGUAAGAGAGUGACUUUUGACUCCAAGGUGAAAACGUAUGAACACGUUGCAGUAGAUGAAUCUAUUGAAGAAGAGGAGGUGAAGUCGAAUCAGGCUCCAUGUUCAUCAGAGGGGAGUGAUGUUACUUCCAACUCGUCAACUUCUUUUCCUUCAAACCAUAGAUACCAGAAUUGCAGAGAAAGUGACGAUGAGGAAGAAGAGGAUGCUGUAUCAGCUUGUGAUGAAAGUGAUCCAGAAGAUGAUGAUGAUGAUGAUGGUGGUCUGCUUGAUGAAGACUAUUAUGAUGAUGAUUACGAGGAGAAGCAACACAACUGGGAUAACAACAAAGUUUACACCGAGGAGAUUCCCGAUAAUGUUUUGAAUAAAGACAAGUCUAACACGAGCGCUAGAGACAGAACCGGAUAUGUCAACGCUGUACUGAACCCCAUCGAGAAUCUCUCCCAGUGGAAAGCAGUGAAAUCCAAAGGAAGAACAAUGCAGACGCAGUCUCGAAAGGAGAACAACGUGACUCUCAUCUCCGAUCAAGAACACAAACUAAAUGCAUCCUUCAGCUUACAAGAGCCUCAGGUUGUUGAUGAGUUACCUUCAUUCAGCUUGAAACCAAAAUCAAGAGAUGGAAUCAAGAGAUCUCAAGAAGUACCAGCUGUUGACGCUAGCCUCUCAACAUGGUUAUCUACAUCGAAGACCACGACCAGCGGAUGCAGCAGCGUCUCUAUGGGUGUUCAAAGCUACGAUGAAAGACCUAUACUGGGCGCGUUGACUUCAGAGGAGAUAAAACAGUUCUCAGCAACGAACUCUCCAAGGCAAUCUCCAAGUCGGAGCCCUGAAUCACCUAUUAUCGGAACAGUUGGUGGCUAUUGGAACAGUCACUCAAUGGCCACAAGCAGGUAGAGAGAAAGUAUGAUGUCCAAAUGUCUCACGGUUCCACACAUGUUUGGUUACACUGAGUGAAAUAUCAUUUUAUUUAAUUAAUUGGCUUUGUGUGUUUUUGUGUGUAAUAAACCAAAAUGGUUGUGUGUUUGUUGUUGCAUAUGUGGGUGUUGUGAUUCAUUUGAUUUGUUUGUAUUUUA